AUGCUGGCGCUGGUGACGGGGCUGCGCGGGCGCGUGAAGGCGCGCGGGCCGGGCCACGUGGCCGUGGGCCCGCUCGCCUCGCCGCUGCACCACGCCGCCACGGCCGUGCUGCUGCUGGCCUGCUGCCUGCUGGUGUGCGUGCGCCAGUACUUCGGCCAGCCCGUGCACUGCCUGCUGGACGUGAUGGGCGACGACUCCGCCGUGAACGAGCAUGUGCUCAACACGUACUGCUUCGUGGCCGCUACCUACACCGUGCUGCCCGAGGAGGGCGGCAGGGGCCUGGGACAGCCGCACGCCGGCGUGGGGCCCGACUGGUGGCGCGGCAAGCAGCUGCCUCGCCGCCGCCACGCCUACUACCAGUGGGUGCCGCUGGCGCUCUUCCUGCAGUUCCUGUCGUUCCGCGCGCCGCACCUGGCCUGGGAGCGCUGGGAGGGCGGGCUGGUGCGCGCCUCGCUGGGCGGGCUGGCGGGCGCGCGGCCCCUGCUCCUAGGCGCGCAGGAGCGCCACCAGCUCCUGCGCCGCCUCGCCGGCUACUUCGAGGCGAGGCGAGGCUCGCACCGCUACUGGGCGGCGGGCUACCUCGCCUGCGACCUGCUGCAGCUGCUCAACGUGGCGGCCAACCUGCUGCUCACUGACGUGCUGCUGGGCGGCACCUUCGCCGGCUACGGCCUGCAGGUGGUGAAGUUCCUCCAGCUGCACCCCGAGGACGGCCGCUACGACGCCAUCGACGCGGUGUUCCCCAAGGUGACCAAGUGCACGUUCUACAAGUACGGGCCGUCCGGCUCGCUGCAGAACCUCGACGCGCUGUGCGUGAUGGCGCUGAACGUGGUGAACGAGAAGAUCUACACGGCGCUGUGGUUCUGGCUGCUGCCGCUGGCGGCGGUGUCGGCGGCGGCGCUGCUGUGGCGGCUGGUGGUGGCUGGGGCGCUGGUGCGGGGCCGCACGGGCUGGGCGGCGCGGCUGACGGCGCCCGGGCUGCCCGCCUGGGCGGCGCGACGCCUCGACCUGGGCGACUGGCUGUACCUGCACCUGCUGCUGCGCAACAUGGACCCCGCGCUCAGGCCCGAGUUCCAGGAGCAGCUGGCGGCGGCGCGCGCCGACGGCGAGGCGGGGCCCGUCAUCGCCGACUGCUAGUGCGCACUACUUUAU